CCAACUCGAUUUCUCUGAAGAUUGAAGACGACUCCGACGACUCCGACACUGAAGAUGGCUCACCCGACACUAUCGAUUCGCCUUCUGGACAGGAUCCAUCUGUCAGCCUUCAAGGCAAUACCCCUGGUAGCUUCCAGUCUCCACUACCAUUCGAUUUUUCGCAUUCUGAUGUGGCCGGUUUCACUCAUACCAAUCCCCCUCAAAACUACCAUCAUUCCUCACCCAUGACAGACUUUACUGCUUGCAACGUCGAGUAUUCUGGCCGAAGUGAGCAACUUACAAGCUUGGCUAAUAGCCUGCCGUCGCCUAAUGAGCAAUGUGCUAGUGCUGAGCACUCUGGUCAACAGUAUCCUGCAAUGCUAGAAGCAGACUUAACCCCAACUGUAACACCAUUUACCCAAUCGCAGCCAAUCUUCACCACACCCGGACUAGCCAGCAAUGCCAUGGAAUCGUUACGGGACUACGAUGAAAGCAUACCUAUGAGUGAGAGACGCACUUCUCCGUUAAUGCCUCAAGGAAUACCAACUCCUACCGACUCUUUCAAGUCGCCCCCGCCUCCCGCUAAUAUUGCUUCCCGCCGAAACAUCCCUCGGCCAGCAACUCUGCAAACUUCUUCGCUCAGAAGCCGCUCGUACAAUCUUGGCUAUACGCCUAAAAUGCAACUAGAUCCUUCGAGCCCUGGCUCAGCAAUACGACGGAUCGCUUCUGGCACUGGCAACCAUGGGAGAAUUCAGAAGCCCAGUUCAGGAUCACGUUCACCCUUGUUCGUAAACCGUAAUGCCGAGGCCUUAAUAAUGCAAUUCCAGAGUCGUUCUCCAGUAAUAUCGGUAUCUUCGAUGUUUCCCGGGGCCGCUCCUCCAACUCCGAUGACUCCUGCUGUUGUUGACAAGCACGAAAUUCGGGAAACCCGACGCCCCGAGUACCAGUACGCAUUGGGUAACAACCUUCCUGUCAGCGAGUCUAACCUCAAGACCCCACCAGACACUCCAGGCGUAUUAGCUCAAUUCGGCAAUCAGAACUAUCACGGUAAUAUAUUCAAUCACGGCAUGAACUUCCCCUCCGACCAGCCAAUUUUCACGCCUUUUGAGACCGAGUUUCCCGACCUUAACAUACAUAAUGUUCCUUGCUACGCCGAGCUGAGCGAUGGUCCCCCCGCGACCCCCAUGUAUCCGAAUAUGAUGGGUUCUAUACAAGAGCAGAAUGCAUACGCUCAGCAUGCGGCAGGGAACACGCAGUUUGACUGGGAUGCUAAUGAAUCCGUCAACUCAAAGGCUUCUCCCAACCAGUCUAGGUCAAGGUUAAUCCAGUUCACUCAGAACAUGACACCUCAAGACUAUACUAGUCAUCAGGAGAAGUGAAUUGUUUUUCAUACCGAAUCAACUAUACUAGAAUUCACCAACAUUACCUAACACCUUUAUACCCGAUGGAGUUCCAAGCGUCUUGGAGCUUCACUCACCGAGCCAAACUUCAGUGACCAACCUCGUACGACAGAGGUCCUGUGUACCACCAAUGUUCUACGUCACUCGUCUAGUUGUCAAAUUAUCAGCAUUUGCAUUUAUCCUUAUAGGCAAUGAGGUUCUACUAGUAGAACUUCCAAACGGUGUACUCCAAACAGUUUCUUUUUUUAAUGUAAUGACCACGGUUAAUGCGUUGGGCUUGGAUUUGGCAAUACAACUGAUACCCCGGGGUGGGAAGGGGAACAGACCGGAGAGGAGAAGGAGAGACGGUCCGGAUUACUGUUCGUCUUUCGCUUGACUGACAUACCCAAGAUGGGUCUUGAUCAACGCGUAGGUAGACAAUACCCUAUUAGGAUUUUUAAUUUCACGGGGCGUCUCGAGGAGCAAUGAUUUACCGGGAGCAAGGCGAUGUGGGAUACCGUCGCGAGCUGGCGUACGAUGGGGGCUGUUGUCUAGAUACUACUUAUUGUUGCUAUAUAUAUAUGGCGGAGAGGAAAUCAUUGCUGAGGGCUACUGCUUAUUUCGAAUACUUCUCAAAAAGGGGCGAUAGGAGAGUGGGACAGCCGGCUAUUUACAUUAUAUUUACCUACAAACGAGCAGAAAAUAUAAGCUUGGGAUGAUUUAGAGCCUUGAAU